AUGGGCCACCAGCAGCUCUACUGGAGCCACCCCAGGAAGUUCAGGCAGUGGUCACACUCCUGCCAUACCUGCUCCAACCGCCAUGGCCUGAUCCGCAAGUACAGUCUCAACAUGUGCCACCAGUGCUUCCGCCAGUACACCAAGGACAUUGGCUUCAUCAAGCUUGACUGACCC